UCGGUCACGUGGUUACAACCAAGCAUUACCGGAAUAAGAAUCAUCGCCGGUCUGUACAUGUGACGGAGUUGUGUUAUCCUAGUUUAACAGCCAAAUAAGAACUAUCUGAAUCCAAACAGUAAAAGGAUUAACUUAACUCCCAAGGACACACAUUCAUCAAAACUGGCCCCGCCGCUGCCCGUUACCAUGCCCGCCCUGCUGGAGAGACCCAAGCUGUCUAAUGCGAUGGCGCGCGCCCUCCACAAGCACAUCAUGAGGGAAAGGGAACGCAAAAGACAAGAGGAAGAAGAAGUAGACAAGAUGAUGGAGCAGAAGAUGAAGGAGGAGGAGGAGAGGAAGAGGACCAAAGAAAUCGAGGAGAGGAUGUCCUUGGAGGAGACCAAAGAACAGGUGAUGAAGAUGGGCGAGAAGCUUCAGGGUCUCCAAGAAGAGAAACAUCAGCUGUUCUUGCAACUCAAAAAAGUUCUCCACGAAGAGGAGAAGAGACGCAGGAAGGAGCAGAGUGACAUCACUACUUUGACAUCCGCUAGCUACCAAACCAGUCUCCCCAUGCAUGCUGGCCAGCACCUCCUCAGCAUUCAGGGCAGUCCCGUCAGCCAUAGUCGACCUGGCGCACUACUCGGAGACCGCAGUAAACAACUUUUCCCAACCGCUGUUAUUUCCACUCGUCAUUAUCAGACACCUGCGUUCAGUUCUGGGUCGGCUGAGCACGGGCAGUUCAGCGGGGCCCCGAGUGUCCACGAGUCCUAUGGAGUGGCUCCGUCACAGCAUUCCGCUGCCUAUGCCCCUGGACCGUCUGUACCAGUCAGUUUUGCAAGCAGCUCUCAGAUCAGAGGAGCAUCCGCCUUCCAGGCUAUGCAGUAUCUGCCCCAUCAGCAGCCUGGUUACCCUGUUCACAGUCACUUUACGUCUCAGCCUGGCUACAUCCCAGGAGCAGGAAUCCCCCUUCAGAAGCAGUUGGAACAUGCCAACCAGCAGUCAGGCUUUACAGACGCAGGAGCUUUGAGGCCCAUGCACCCCCCGACCAUGCAUCCGUCAGCUCAAGGCUUGCUCCCUACGCCAUCCAUGGCUGUUCAGAUUUCCACUGCCAAGGCUCCAUUCCAGAGCUCACCCCAGACCGCACCUCGCCACGGCUUCCUCCCUCACGCCCAGAGCGGUCAGAGGUUUUACCACCACACCAAAUGAACCCCUGGAUUCUGCCAUAAUCUUGUAUUUCAUUUCACGAAAGUCCACCAUCUUAAACACAGCCUAAGAAAAAAUUAUUUGGGAUUAUAUUAUCUGCUUUUAUAGAAGUGAUAGGAAGUGUUUUUUGUUGCAUUAUUGAACCUUGCUCAUUAAAUUGCUGAACAAGUCCA